AUGGCAUCUAUAAACAGACCUAGUGAAAUGACUAAAAAACGUAAAGCAGAUAAACAACGUCUCCUGGAGGAGAUCAACGAAAAGCGUGAAUCCAACUGCUUGGUGGAAAGGAGCAAUGAAGUCAGCUUACUGCGAGUCCAAAAGAGGCAUUUCACUGGUGUCUAUAAGUCCUUUAUUCACACCCAAAUCAGAGAGCCUGUCCCCGACAGUGGCAGGAGCUCCUGGGUCACACUGAGUCUCCUUGUUCACACCGAGAAAAAGCACUUUCCACCAAAAAAUAAUGCCAUAUUUGGAUAA